AUGGAACCACAUGCCGUUUCCACCUCACAGAAACGACACGCAGUUUGCAUACCGUAUCCAGCACAAGGCCACAUCAACCCAAUGCUAAAAGUAGCCAAGCUUCUCCACUCCAGAGGCUUCCACGUCACUUUCGUCAACACCGACUACAACCACCGCCGUAUCCUCCGGUCACGUGGCCCUCACGCUCUCGACGGUCUCCCUUCGUUCCGCUUCGAAACCAUCCCCGAUGGUCUCCCUUGGACCGACGUCGACGAGAAACAGGAUAUGAUCAAGCUCAUAGACUCCACCAUCAACAACUGUUUAUCCCCAUUCAAAGACCUCCUCAUCCGGUUAAACUCCGGUUCUGACGUACCGCCGGUUAGCUGCAUCGUCUCAGACGCUUCCAUGAGCUUCACAAUCGACGCCGCGGAGGAGCUUCAAAUUCCGGUGGUUCUUCUCUGGACUAACAGUGCUACUGCCUUAAUCUUAUAUCUCCAUUACCAAAAACUCAUCGAGAAGGAGAUCAUUCCAGUCAAAGAUUCGAGUCAUUUAGAGACGGAGAUUGAUUGGAUACCGUCGAUGAAGAACAUUCGGCUCAAUGAUUUUCCAGAUUUCGUCUUGGAGACGGAUCAUCAACCUCUGAUGCUUAAUUUCAUCAAGCACGUAACCGGGAGAUGCAAACGCGCUUCUGCGAUCGUAAUCAACACCUUCGAUGACCUGGAGCGUGACGUCAUCUCAUCUCUGCGAUCCAUUCUUCACCCCCGGAUCUAUCCGGUCGGACCGCUUCCGGUUCUAGAGAACCGGGAAAUCGAUCGGGAAAGCGGAAUCGGAAAAUUGGGAUUGAAUCUCUGGGAAGAAGAGACGGAAUCUCUGGAUUGGCUCGACACCAAGGCGAAGAACGCUGUGCUUUACGUUAAUUUCGGGAGUCUAACGGUUUUGAGUCGUGAGCAGCUUCUAGAGUUUGCUUGGGGUUUAGCGGGAAGCGGGAAAGAGUUUCUCUGGGUGGUGCGAUCCGGUAUGGUCGACGGAGAUGCGUCGAUUCUUCCGGCGGAUUUUCUAUCGGAGACGGCGAAUCGAGGAAUGCUGAUUACGGGAUGGUGUCCUCAGGAGAAGGUGAUCUCGCAUCCCGCAAUCGGAGGAUUUCUGACUCACUGCGGGUGGAAUUCGACGAUGGAGUGUGUUUUCUCCGGUGUCCCGAUGAUCUGCUGGCCGUUUUUCGCCGAUCAGUUGACGAAUCGAAAGUUCUGUUGCGAUGAGUGGGAGAUGGGGAUUGAGAUCGGGGAGGAAGUGAAAAGAGAGAAAGUGGAGGCUGUGGUUAGGGAGAUUAUGGAUGGAGAGAAAGGAAGUAGGAUAAGAGAGAAGGUGGUGAAAUGGCGGUGCAUGGCGGAAGAAGCUUCGGCGCCACCGUCUGGUUCGUCGUACGUGAAUUUUGAGACGGUGGUUAAUAAAGUCCUCAACGGUCACGAUUAG